AUGGUAACAGAAGAGAAAAUUAGGGGAGACAAACUCACCCCUCCCAACUCAGUCUCCUGUCAGAGGGGAGACAAACUCACCCCUCCCAACUCAGGCUCCUGUCAGAGGGGAGACAAACUCACCCCUCCCAACUCAGGCUCCUGUCAGAGGGGAGACAAACUCACCCCUCCCAACUCAGGCUCCUGUCAGAGGGGACACAAACUCACCCCUCCCAACUCAGGCUCCUGUCAGAGGGGACACAAACUCACCCCUCCCAACUCAGGCUCCUGUCAGAGGGGACACAAACUCACCCCUCCCAACUCAGGCUCCUGUCAGAGGGGACACAAACUCACCCCUCCCAACUCAGGCUCCUGUCAGAGGGGAGACAAACUCACCCCUCCCAACUCAGGCUCCUGUCAGAGGGGAGACAAACUCACCCCUCCCAACUCAGGCUCCUGUCAGAGGGGACACAAACUAACCCCUCCCAACUCAGGCUCCUGUCAGAGGGGACACAAACUCACCCCUCCCAACUCAGGCUCCUGUCAGAGGGGAGACAAACUCACCCCUCCCAACUCAGGCUCCUGUCAGAGGGGAGACAAACUCACCCCUCCCAACUCAGUCUCCUGUCAGAGGGGAGACAAACUCACUCCUCCCAACUCAGGCUCCUGUCAGAGGGGACACAAACUCACCCCUCCCAACUCAGGCUCCUGUCAGAGGGGACACAAACUCACCCCUCCCAACUCAGGCUCCUGUCAGAGGGGACACAAACUCACCCCUCCCAACUCAGGCUCCUGUCAGAGGGGACACAAACUCACCCCUCCCAACUCAGGCUCCAGUCAGAGGGGACACAAACUCACCCCUCCCAACCCAGGCUCCUGUCAGAGGGGAGACAAACUCACCCCUCCCAACCCAGGCUCCUGUCAGAGGGGAGACAAACUCACCCCUCCCAACUCAGGCUCCUGUCAGAAGGGACACAAACUCACCCCUCCCAACUCAGGCUCCUGUCAGAGGGGACACAAACUCACCCCUCCCAACUCAGGCUCCUUCUCCUGUCAGAGGGGAGACAAACUCACCCCUCCCAACUCAGUCUCCUGUCAGAGGGGAGACAAACUCACCCCUCCCAACUCAGGCUCCUGUCAGAGGGGAGACAAACUCACCCCUCCCAACUCAGGCUCCUGUCAGAGGGGACACAAACUCACCCCUCCCAACUCAGGCUCCUGUCAGAGGGGACACAAACUCACCCCUCCCAACUCAGGCUCCUGUCAGAGGGGACACAAACUCACCCCUCCCAACUCAGGCUCCUGUCAGAGGGGACACAAACUCACCCCUCCCAACUCAGGCUCCUGUCAGAGGGGACACAAACUCACCCCUCCCAACUCAGGCUCCUGUCAGAGGGGAGACAAACUCACCCCUCCCAACUCAGGCUCCUGUCAGAGGGGAGACAAACUCACCCCUCCCAACUCAGGCUCCUGCUCCUGUCAGAGGGGAGACAAACUCACCCCUCCCAACUCAGGCUCCUGUCAGAGGGGAGACAAACUCACCCCUCCCAACUCAGUCUCCUGUCAGAGGGGAGACAAACUCACCCCUCCCAACUCAGGCUCCUGUCAGAGGGGACACAAACUCACCCCUCCCAACUCAGGCUCCUGUCAGAGGGGAGACAAACUCACCCCUCCCAACUCAGGCUCCUGUCAGAGGGGACACAAACUCACCCCUCCCAACUCAGGCUCCUGUCAGAGGGGACACAAACUCACCCCUCCCAACUCAGGCUCCAGUCAGAGGGGACACAAACUCACCCCUCCCAACCCAGGCUCCUGUCAGAGGGGAGACAAACUCACCCCUCCCAACCCAGGCUCCUGUCAGAGGGGAGACAAACUCACCCCUCCCAACUCAGGCUCCUGUCAGAAGGGACACAAACUCACCCCUCCCAACUCAGGCUCCUGUCAGAGGGGACACAAACUCACCCCUCCCAACUCAGGCUCCUGUCAGAGGGGAGACAAACUCACCCCUCCCAACUCAGUCCCUUCGAUCUAUCACUUAUCUACGGGACUAAUGGGAGGCAGUGGCUGA